AUGCAGCCGCCGGCUCCCUUUCAGGGUCGAACAGAGAUACUGGACCUGCCUCUCGCCGCCACCCAGACAGCCCGGCAGCGCAGGGCUCCACCGGGGCUGGGAAUUGUGUUUACGCUCAAACCUGCAUGCACUUCCGACUAUCCACGCCCAAACUCGCCCCAGAACCAAAACAGUCGCCUCCCAGGAGGCUCUCGUCCGGCGCCGCCCCCGGGGAGCUGCGUUGGGAAGACGGAGCGGCCGGCCGAAACCUGGGUCCGGCUGGAUUCGGCAUCUCAGCGCUCUGGAACUACCACUCCCGAGAUGCCUUACGGCAGACGCCCCGCAGACUCGGGGGCGGGGCAAUCUCUUGCGUCAUAG